CCCAGAAGGCACAGGGUAUUUUUUUAGAAGCAAACAAGGAAAUGAUGGAGAAAGAGGAAGACAGAGCACUAAAGAGCCGGAUAAUGAAGCAGUCACCAGUGUCUGUUUUUCUCUCUCUGUCUUAUCUCUUUGCUUUUUCUGCAUCUGUCUCCGACUUCACGUUAUCUCAGCCUCACAACCGACAUAAAACCCCACCUGCCACCGAGCUUACGGCAGUCAAUCAGACAGACAGUCUGCGACAUCAUGUGACGACAGUCAGCACCCGGGCGCUGGCAGAGACUGCUACACCCGGGAUCAGAAACUCCACACCAACAUGGACACCGACGUCAGACUCAGGCCGCUCAUCCUCGGGGUGGAGACGUGAAACGGGAGUGGAAAACAGACUCACAACAGCAGAUAGAACCCCGAGGAGCUCCACGGGGGUCUGGAGCAUUGGAUCAACGCCAGAAGACAACAGCUACAGCACAGCAUCAGGGAACGCCCAGACUGGAACAAACAGGAACCAAGCAGAUGAUGACAGGCUAACGGAGCCCAGCACUGUAUUCAGCGAGUCAGCAGGGACGCCAAUCAAUGAACACAGAGCCAAUUCUGAUGGAUACAGCAGCAGCACUGAAGCCCCCAGUAAGAGACCAAACACAAGCAUCAACAGGGGGACAAAGUCACAGACUGAUGUGAACACAAAUGCCCACACAGUCACACAAACAAGCUCCCAGGAGGUUUGGAGAGCUGGAUCAACACCAGAAGACAACACCUAUGGCACAGCAUUAGGGAACGCCCAGGCUAGAACAAACAGGAACCAAGCAGAUGAUGACAGGCUAACGGAGCCCAGCACUGUAUACAGCGAGUCAGCAGGGACACCAAUCAAUGAACACAGAGCCAAUUCUGAUGGAUACAGCAGCGGCACUGAAGCCCCCAGUAAGAGACUAAACACAAGCAUCAACAGGGGGACAAAGUCACAGACUGAUGUGAACACAAAUGCCCACACAGUCACACAAGCAAGCUCUCCUGGAGGAAGCACGACAGACAGUGGACUAAUAACCAGCAGCGCAGUCACACAUGGAAACCAGUCUGCAUGCCAAAGUGAAGCAGGGAGAACAUUGUCUUCACCUCGAUCCACUAAGCUGGGCUGCCUCAUCAUGCUGUGGGUGCUGAGUAUGAUUGCUUCGGUCUUCUUCGGGCUUACUGUGUUCCUGUGGGUGCGCCUUUCCUUCCUCCGGAGUAGAAAGACACCAAGGCGGUCGCAGUGUGGGACUGAGGAGUGUGGGGUGGGGGUUCUCUGGACCCAGCCUAGGGCCUCGAUAGAGGAGAGAGUGGAGCGCUGGUACACUAAUGGCUCCUCCACAUCGCCCCGAAGCAGAGAGGGAGUGCGCAGGAAGGACAGAGACGAUGAGAGACAGAAGAGGAGGCAGGCGGGGGAGGUCUGGGAGAGGCCUAGAAUCACACCAGAGGACCUGCAGGAGUUUUGGGCGGACAGAGGGAGAAUGAGAUGGAAUAAGCAGUGCGAUGAACUGUGAACAAGGGAUUGUGGUAGAUUCCCCCCCGUUUGAUCAUUCAAUUGUCAGUAUUAUCAAAAAUAAAACUUGUGUUCAACUGUUAAUCUGAUGGCUCAGCAGAAACUGGUCAAUGGCGAUUAAUGGUUAAAAAGACAGUUAGCCCUUUGAAACCAUUAAGUUUUUCGGGCAUGGUGACUUAGCUCAGGAUAGCCUGAGCGCCGAUGUCCUGCCACCAAACGGGGGAAACAAUAUGGUGUGCAUCCCAUCCCUAGCGGUGGGGUUAGGGUUAGGCGUAGCUGCAACCCGAGACACUGACGACACAGACGAAGGGGUCAAGCUUAAGGUCUGGACAGCAGUGCUUAUGUGUCUGAGUUUGAGCACCAGCAGGCAUUACAUACACAUCACUGCACCCACGUCCUGCAAACAAAAAUAAUAAAGUCAAAUAACUAAGCCGGGAACCAGCACAGCCUGGGGAGAUAAAACUCACAUGCACAGGGUGGGGAAGUGGAUGGGGGAAGGGGGCUAAGGUGCUGCCACCCUGAAAUAUAGAGACAGAUCUGCACAUACAUUACAUUCCGGUGUGAAAUAUUGGAAUAGGUGCCAAACUGACACACACACACACACACACACACACCCAAGGAUGUGCAUGUACAUGAUCUCCACCCAAGGGAAAGCGGAAGGUGAUGAUGUGGUAAGAGCCGUAAGUAAAAGCAGGCACCCCUGACUUUGACCUGCAGGCGCCCUUCUCGCAAACACAGCAAAGGGUUUUAUCUCCAGCUUGCAAGUAUUGAAGCGACAGACUGAGGCACAGAUAUGCUAAAAAGCGCCAGGACAGCAUAAGAAGGGGAAUUUCUAAAAUUUGUCCACCGGGGCCGUGUCUCACCAAAGGAACUUCAAUAUUCUCUGUUUUUAUUUUGUAGAUUUUUCUGGUGACGGCUUGAAGGCCUGGAUUUCUACAUCAUCUUUAGGAUGUCACUCUUACAGCCUCUGUUUAUUACUUCAUUGCUGCUCUGCUUCCCUGCUUUCCAUACCCAACAAUCCCUCACAACUAAUUCGGAUUCUUCACCACGCCCCACAACUGAUGCUCCUAAACAGCUUCAUAGCAUUUCCAGGGCUCCUGAACCUUCCACACAGUUUGCUUCGGUAACACUUAUUAGCAAAGCUGUCGAAUCACUCACAGAACCUGGUCCAGAAUCAUCUACUUCCGAGCAAUUCCUUGAAUCAUCUACUGCUCCAACCAUCCAACCUACCGCAGAAUCUGUUCCAGAAUCACCUACUACUGCAAUUGUCCAGCCUACCACAGAAACUGUUCCAGAAUCAUCUACUGCUCCCACCAUCCAACCUACCGCAGAAUCUCUUCCAGAAUCACCUACUACUGCAAUUGUCCAGCCUACCACAGAACCUGUUCCAGAAUCAUCUACUGCUCCCACCAUCCAACCUACCGCAGAAUCUCUUCCAGAAUCACCUACUACUGCAAUUGUCCAGCCUACCACAGAACCUGUUCCAGAAUCAUCUACUGCUCCCACCAUCCAACCUACCGCAGAAUCUCUUCCAGAAUCAUCUGCUGCUCCAACUAUCCAGCCGACCACAGAAUCUGAUCCUGAAUCAUCUACUUCUCCAACCAUUCAGCCUACUACUGAACCUGUUCCAGAAUCAUCUACUACUCCAAUUGCUCAGCCUAUCACAGAACAUGUUCCAGAAUUGUCUACUGUCCCAAUUACCCAACCAACCACAGAGCUUAUUUCAGAAAUAUCUAGCACCCCAACUGCCCAGACUACUGCAGAAACCAUUCUGGGAAAAACUAGUCCCCAAGGCAAUACUCUGACCAUCAUAGGAAAACCUUCCACAUUACGUCCUGUGCUUCUUCCAGAAAGUUCUACCCUGGAAACCUCCUCCUUCAAGGCUACUAUGACCCAGACGGUACCCAAGUCUACUUCGCAGAACAUUGUCCCCUUAGAAGCCAAAGUCGGUGUCAAUAACACUGGCAUGCAGUGGAAGACCAUUGUCAUCGUGCUCAUUCUGAUGGCCGGCAUUGCCACUAUUGCCUGUGUCUUGUGGGGCGUCAGCACCACCGGCAAGUCAAAAAGGAAGAGUGAUGGGGAGUGGGACGUUUGUGGGGGUGACAGAGCUGAUGGAGGGGAGGAUAGAAGCCGGGAGGAGACAGUUAGGGAUGAGUUUGGCAGCCCGGGACUCGUGUUGGUCUCAUUCAUCCCCAAAGACUCGGGAGUGGGCGCAGCUGGGACGAAGGAAGAGCGAAGGUGGAAUGAAAUGGAGGCCUUGCUGUUCAUCGACGAGGACCCAAACUAGCACGACGAGGAACGUCUGCUGAUGCACUCCUCCAGUGCCAACACAGCCAAGAAAAAUGGUGGAUCUGCCAUCUGCCUGUCUGCCACUGUCUGAGUGAGUGAUGGAGAGGAUGCCAGGCCUUCCAUGCCCUGUAUGAUGUUGAGUGAUUUCCAGCUUCAUUGUUUGAGCAAUACCUAUUGUCUUUGGGAGGAGGGGGGAGGAUGACGCGUUAUAUACUGAUAUGUUGUUGGCAGCGAUGACACCCACCUACUCCUUUUUUUAGAUCAAAUAUCUGUCUCGAUUUCUUCCUUGUCUGUUCCCCAUGGCACAGGUGGGACAGCUGCAGUCCUCUGUGGAAUAAUCAUGUAUUAUCUGUUUUUUGCUUUGCAUCCAACUAUCAUGACUUUUUUUUGUGACCCCCCCCCCCCCCCCCACCUGCUUCUUGUCACAUAAAUACAAGCGAAAUCUACCCAAAUGUCACAUUCAAAUGGCAAUAAACACUGUUAUUUUUAAUGAUA